GCAACAACCAUGGCUGGACCUCAGCGCAACCGCACCCUGAAUUCCCGGGCACCGUCAAGGCCACCACCUGGGCGCCAGUACCCGUCAGAUAUCUACAAGAACGUGGAGAUUCCUCCAAUCGUGCCACUAUCACCACGUUUGAAGGUAAAGAAUCAAGAAGAACGAUGUGCAGACCCUUGUCGCGCGUGUCCACCUGACUGGAGCGAUUCCGAGUCCACUUGGAGCACCUCCUCGGUCAACGGCGACAUACUUACCGAUGAGCUCCCAGCAAGCCAAGUCGAGCCAGACCAGCGAUUCCCUUCCGCACGCUCCACUGAUGGAUACGAUUCUGACCACACAUACGUCUCUGGCCUCAGCGACUGCUCCGCCGUAACCGACAGGCGCGCGGAGUUUCCACCACACGGACAGCAAGAAGACGACCAUUCCUCCGUCCAGGACGACGCUGCCCACGACACCGCCGCCCCGCCUGCCCCGGUCGAGCACGUCCACCGUCCCUUGGACUGGUCCGUCUCCACCGACAGCUUCAUCAGCACCGACAGCACCAUCAGCACCGAUAGCAUGAGGCGCCGCCGCCUGAGGUCCAUUCAGCUCAUGCUGUGCGAGAAAGAAUGCGGUACGAGCUGCCAGAAUAAGUGUCUCAACCACUGGGUUUACCAGGCUUUCCGCAUGUCGUACCGCUUUGCGUGGGAAGGCGACUUCUUGCGCCGCAGCAGGGCGAGGAGACCCUCCGGCCCGGGCUAAGUGUGAGCACAAGACGGUGCGGCACGCGUUGGAGACUGUGGUCGACACAUUCAGGGUACAGACGAUACUGGCAAUGAGCCUAAGUGGUUCCACGGCAGCGUUCUGAUUUUCUACGAGGACGGGCAGGGAGGGUGUAUAAC